GCUGGGAGGGCUCACACAGAGGGAAUCCAUGGCUGGUUCAUUGAUAGCACUGCUAUGAACACUCUCUGAGCACCCAGAGGAGGAAAAACUCACCAUGGACCUGCGGAACAUUCCCUACCGCUCGGACGUGGUGACCUGGAACGCGGAUGACCUGGCAGAGUAUUUUAGGACGCUAAAGUACAAGGACUGUGAGAAAGUCGUGAGAAAGCACAGCAUAAAUGGACAAAGGUUUCUGAACAUGUCUGAAAACGACAUUCAGAAGUUUCCCAAACUCCGAGUGCCAAUCGUAAGUAAAUUAAGUCAAGAAAUAAACAAAAACGAAGGGAGGCUCUCUUUCCUUUCAAAAUGGGCCCAAACACAAAGAAGUCCUGAAAACCCAGGGUACGCUCAGGAUGAUGGGGGCUGGUCUUCAUUUGAGGAUGAGGAUGAUGAUGACUAUGAAAGCCCUGAUGAAGACCAGGAGAAGGAAGACGAGGCUGACUAUGAAUCCCCAACAGAAGAACCUGGAGAGGCAGAACAUGACAGUGAUGGCUACGAGCCCCCUCCAUCCAACAAUGAUGAAGCCCAUCACAAUGUCAUAUUUCCUGCCAAGUCACUUCCAAGCAACACUGAUUAUAUAGACAGACCUUCAACAACCAGAUCAUCACAUCAGCCUCCAGUGCCGCCCCAGAGACCUGGCCCGUCCCCAGGACCAGCCCCAUUUGGGGCAAGAGGUGCUUCUCUGCCAGCUUUCCCUCCUCCACCGAGCAACAACGACCUGGGGAGAGACAGGAACAUGAAGCCUUUGAAAUCCCCAGCUCCUUCUAUAGACAGAAGCACAAAGCCCUCCCUGGACCGCCUUGCUCCCCCCUUUGAAAGAGAGAGCCCAGCAGCAGGGAAGAAGCCAAGCAUUCCUGAAAAGCCUCUGGUUUCACAGCUAAGGUCCCUGGGGGAACAGCUGGCAAUGAUGCCCAAACCUCCUGUCCCACCAAGUGACAGAUAUGAAAGAGGCAACCCCCCUCCCUUAAGGAAGCAAAGCCCUGGAAAGCAGAGUUGGCCACCACACAAAAAAAAUGAAGAAGAAGAAGACACUGCACCCCAGAGGGCAGUGCCACAGCUGUGCCUGCCCCCCUACAGCUCCAGCUCCCUCCCAGCCAAACCUCUCAAACCUCCACCCAAGCCAGGAUCCAACAGCCUGCCUGGGGCAGAAAGUGCUAGAAACCUGUCUUCAACUGGCUCACUACCACCUCGCUUACAUCCAGGCAACAACAGCAGGUCCCCCUCGAGAGGUCCAGCUGAUGUGAGACCUCCACUGCCAAUCCCCGGCAGACAGACUGUCCACCAAACAAACCCCGAGGAAGAUGAGGGCUCCCUGAACAACGAGUGGUACGUGGCCUUUGUGAGCCGGCCCGAGGCAGAGGCAGCUCUUCGGAAAAUCAACAAGGAUGGAACAUUCCUGGUGAGGGACAGCUCAAGGAAAACUGUCACUCACCCCUAUGUGCUGAUGGUGCUGUACAGGGACAAAGUGUACAACAUCCAGAUCCGCUACCAGGAGCAAGAGCACUUGUAUCUGUUGGGAACUGGCUUAAAAGGAAAAGAGGAUUUUUCUUCUGUGGCAGAUAUCAUUGACCACUUCCAAAGGACACCCCUUCUUCUGAUUGAUGGAAAAGACAGAGGUUCCAGAAACCAGUGCAUGUUAAAAUAUGCUGCAGGACAUAUUUAAAUAAGAUCUUAAUGAAGAUCAUGCAUUGUAUCAAAGCCUAGUGAAGUUUAUAAACUUGAAGACACUUCCUUUUUCAGCAAACUAAACUCAUGAAGUCAUUAAAAAUCACCUCAUUUCAAGGAAAAAGGAUUAUGUUAUUUUUUAA